AGAUCCGUCCAAUUGUAUCCAUCCGCCAAUUCCCAACGUCAAUCGGAAUCGUGAACGCGCGAAGCUCAAGAAUGCGUAAUAUCGAAUAACUUCUUUGAAUUCCAUCUUUGUUUAUUUCAAAAACUGGUUUCCAUUUCAAAUGUAAUUUUAAUUAGCAAAGGUCAAUUGAAGUCUACUUGAACGGGUAAAUUACAGUUCGGUAAGGGAAAACCCUCUGGUUGCUUCUCUAAUUUGAUCCAUGGGACAUCUGCAUCAUGACAGGGGUUCAGCCAAUGCCCUGUCCGGUGCUCUUGGGCACUGUGAAAGGUGGAGGUUUAUCAGCUCUUCUGCACAGAUACACAAUUGAGAAGAAAGUAGCAAAAGUGGAGAAAGUUCUCAAGAAAGGAGUGGGAGUUGACAGUAUGAAUCACCUUGGACAGACACCACUCUUUUGUGCAUCUCUCCUCGGUUUUGCCAGUGUAGCAGAGAAGCUUCUACAGUGUGGAGCAAACCCAAAUCACCGCUGUAAUGAUGGAAGUACCCCCGUCCAUGCUGCAGUUUUCUCCUGUAAUCCUUGGUUGCUGAGUUCACUGCUGGAUGCUGGUGGGGACUUGCGUCUCCAUGAUGAUCAGGGCCGGAUGCCGAAGGACUGGGCCAAGGCAGGUGCUCAGGAGAACAGUCCGAAGAUGCUUGCUUUUCUGAAGAGAUGCGAGUCUCAAAUGCAGAGUUUGUUGCAAACACAUCUGUCCAGGGAUGCGCGUACCACCCCGACCUCCUCAAAGACACUGCUGAGCUCUCCAUCCCUGCUCAAGCUCUUGCGACCUUGGGCAUCUGGGCUCAUUCAUGAAAAUAAAAUAAAUUAUAACAUGUCUGCCUCUGAUAUGAUGAUGCAGUGUUUUGGCUAUGGAAAGUUAUGCUUUGAGAAGCCAAGUUUGAGUCUGGGAUUGGCUGCUUCUGUGCCCUUGAUAAGUGACGGUGAUUUAGUUCAAGCUAACGACGAGCCUCUCAGUUCCUUUAUGUGUGGAUCUUUCAUACGUAUGACCAAUUACAGUUGGAAAGGUUGUCGUGUCACUGUUAAAGAGAUGCAUGAUCAUGUUUUGCAACAAUGUGAAGAACGUGAUGGUCUUCUGGAUCUGCUCAUUUCUGAGCAAGAGUACUGCUGUCAGCUGUCUCACCCGCACCUGCUGCUGCUGAUGGCUGUGAGUUUGUCUGCUGACCUGGACACCACAAAGCUGGUAUAUGAGAGAGUAAAUGUGGGGUCCCUGUACAGUAUGCUGCACCAAAGGCGGGAUGAGUUUCCUCUCCUACAGCUGGUUGACCUGUUAUCAGUGGUGCUACAGGUGUGUGAGGUGUUAAUGUACCUGCAUGGCCGAUCUCUGGUGCUCCGUGCUCUUUCCUCACACACUGUACUCAUAGUGCACCCUGGAGUUGCCAAGGUUUCAGGCCUAGGGUUCAUUGUGCCCAGUGAGGGAAUGAGUCCCUACGCCCCACCACCUGUUCCUUUGCCUCUCAGCCUGAUCAACUGGGCAGCUCCAGAAGUGAUUAGAUGUAGAGCAUGUACAGGAAAAGCUGAUCUGUAUAGUGUGUGCGCCCUUAUACAGGAGAUCUAUACAGAUUCUGUGCCAUGGGGCUCCACAGACCCACGCUGGAUAAAACGGUCAGUGGAGGCCGGUCAGGCUCUGAUAGCAAAUCCUGCUGUGCCUGAGCCUUAUUACCAGUUUCUGCAGAUGGGCCUCCAGCACAGAGCCCAGCAGAGAACCAGCAGCCUGCACGAUUUGUGCUACAAUCUCCGUUGUUAUAUAAGGGACAUUAGAAGCGAGAAUACGAGAAGUGGAUGGCACUCAUGGUCGGCUCUUCAGAGCAUCGCUGGAUGGAAUACUGAGAUUAAUCAGAUGAGAGAGCAAGAUAAAUCUGUAUAUCAGCACUGCAGGACUGCAGUACACAAUGAGAUCCGGGAGCGUCACCUGGAAAGAAUCUAUAAAGAAGCAGAGGAGUCCACCACAGACACUGAUGACCUCCACUCUGAUGUUUCGCGUAGUGACAUCACCGCUUCCAAUGAAUGGCCAACUACCCAUCAUGCUCCACUCUCUGAGCCAUCUGGUUCUACCCAUAGUGAUACAGACAAGGAUCUGGAAAUCAGUCGCUCUAUCUCAAAGCAUACUGGCUCCAUUGUUCUCAACCUUAAAGUGUCUCAGGUUCUUCUACAGCAAGCUGAGCAGAGUCUGGAUAACGUGGAGUCAGGCCAUUUGGGCGCCCCAUGCUUUGAUGAGGUGGAUGCUGUAGUGAAGAGGGUGAACAUGGAAAAAGAGCACAGUUAUGGUGUUGGAAAGGCUGUGGGCCCACCGUUCAAAAAUUAUAUACCCAAGACCAUUAAUGCAGAUGAGGAGGUCAGUCAGUACAGCUCAGCUCAAGAUGAGAGCUUUGAAAGCACAUCCUAUCCUAGUAGUGUACAGGAUGAGAAAAGAGACUUGAAGAGAGUUGAAACAACAAAAAGAGGACAGCAGCAGACAGGACAUCAAAAGUCUGAGAGGUUAUAUGUGCAGCUUGGGUUGUCUGAGACCCAGAGAGAUGGCACAUGCCAAUCUCUUGAAGAACAUUUCCAAACAAAACCCUCAUGGACCAGUAAUGUUAGUGAAAUGGUGGCCCUAAUGACACGUGGGCAUUUGGGGUCACCCCUGAGUGCUUUCGGCAGCAGUGACAGUGAGGAUGGCGUGGUGCAAGAGCUCCACCUACAGGACAGACAUAGUGUGAACAGCUACCAGGAAUCUGAGACCCAGGAAAGCACUGAUCUGGAGCAACUCUUCAAGAGUUUUGCUGGUAUUCAGAGUGAUAGUGAGGAGAGCACAAAUUACCACACUAUCAAUCACACUUUUGAUGUGACCAGUGGAGUGCUGGAGGCUACAAGCCAAACUGAGGAUGAGGGAAGUUCAGAUGGUUCAGACUGUUCACAGACACAGCAAUCUAGCAUGUUCUACACACCCAAACAUCACCUGUCCAACCGUGCAUCGUCUGGUGAAGAGCGUUCUCAGUCACUGAGUUCAGAGGACGAGUUGGACGUCACAGUGGAGGUGUGUCGACCCAGCACAUCUCCAGCAGAGGGAAAACAGGCUGUUGAAAAUAGCCUAAGUGAAUACCAGCUUGCUCAUGAGGACUCAAAAGAGUCUGAAUCCAUUACCCCAGUGCACAGUUGUUUGCCAGAUCUGGCUGAGAUUGCAGACCUCUCCAGCAUAUCCUGUUCACCAGCCCAUCACCAAGACUGGGUGGAGUCAGCUGAAGCCCCACCCAUUCCUCACAGCAGGGGACAUCCACCCUGUAACAGCACCCCACGUAGCCCAAAAGCAGGCCGUAGGACACACCUUAAAGAUGUGCAAGUUGGCACUGAGCCCCUCCCUCACCUCCAAAGCCUGUUGGACACGUCGCCAUGGGGCAGUGCUCCAUCCCAUACUGUCUGCACAGAGACUUACGCCACAGCCAGCGCAGGAGACAGCAGCACUACAAAUGCCUCUGUGUCCAGCGUCCUGCAGUCUCCGGCUAUAAUCAACAUCUCUAAGAAUGGAAGGGAGGAAAUAGACUCUGCCUCCAGUGGUAAUGCAGAAUUUACCACUGCCAGCUCUGGAGCCAGACAGACCGCUGAGACCAGCCAGGGGACCAGUGAGAAUAAUGAUGUGGGUGAGGAGGGAGAGGAAGUAGGUGACGACCCGUCAGAUUCUGAUCAUCAGUGUGAGCAAAAAUCCUCUGAUGAAAAGGUGUUUGAUGAUGAACACACUGCAGAGAGGAUGGAAGGAUGUGAAGGUGAAAACCCAUGUCAGACACAUGACCAGCAUCCAGAUCUCAACCCUGCUGGUAUGGAUAGUAAUGCAAACUCACAGAAAAGCGAUAAGAGUCACAGCCUUGAUGAAACUGAGAGGGCAAGCUCCACCCUUGAUGAGGAUUUACAGAGAAUGCUUUUGGAGAGAGCCACAGAGCAAAGAACCACUACAGACCCAGGGUCCCUCAUGGCUCAGUCUGACAUAAAAGGAGAGGGGGAUGUGAGAGACGACUUAGGUUGUCCAGAAGCGGACUACAUAGAGACAGCAGCAGAAUGUAUAAACAAGCUGGAAGAGAAGAUUGAGGCAGCAAAUGAGGAGAGCCAUCCUAACAGCAGAGUUCUUGAGCAGACACUUCCAGAGUCAAUCAAACUGCACUGUUAAAGAUGAGCCAAUCCUGAUGUUUUGCACCGGAAUCGUUUUUAGUUUAGAUGCUUAAUGCAUGUGGUUUGUGUUCUUUUAUGUUGAAUUUACUCUUUAAUGAAAGAAAAUGUUCCAAACAAAAAACUUCAAACUUGUUCUUAAAUAAAUCAACAAUUUGAGAUUUGAUAUUACUAUGGACCUUAACAAAUAGAUGCAAUACAUUUUUAGAUGUUUUCAAUUCCAAUUGAUGUUCUGAUGUUGUUGCUACAGAAAUGUAUUGGCAGUGUCUUGUUGCAUUCAGUAGCUUUUAAAUAAAC